AUGCUAGUUCAACUCGACGAAAUCUUGACUGGCUGGACGACAGACCAAAAGCUAGAGUUCAACCAAAUGCCUCUUCGUCUCGCCGGCUCGGAACCCUGUCUGUUCUACUCUGUUCUCGCCACCGCUUCUGUUAUGAUGCCCCCAGGUCUUGUGAAUCCAGGAAUACCACGGUGGCUAUCAGCACGUACCGUCGAAUGCAUCAACCAGGUUCUUCAAGAUCCCAAACGCGCAUACAGCGACGCCGCAAUCUUGACUGUGAACAUGGUAGCGCUCUUCGAGGGUUGUAGCGGUCACGGAGCUGCCGCUGCUGAACAUCAACCCAUACUCCGCCGCAUGGUCGACGAACGCGGAGGAUUGACCAGCAUCGCCCGCAAGGACAACGAAGACUCGAAAAAUCUGGUCAGAUUCAUAGCUUGGGCGGAUAGGGUCAUCAGAUGUCAAACUGGCAAUCCUUUGAUGUUUGAGGAUUUCAAAGAAGAGGAGAGUGUCACCAAGACAGACUGGAAUGGCAUCUGGGCGAGAAUGGAAAGGAGGGUCGAGGAGAACAAUCCGCAGCCAAUCGAGGAGCUGCCUGAUUGCUGA